AUGUUUUCAGUAUUAGCGUUAUUACAACAUUACUACAACAUGGCAGCUCCUGGAAAUAAAGUUGAAGUUUCUAACGACUUAACGGAUGGCAAGGCUGUUAAACAUCCCAGUGGGACCACUUCAAGUGUAAAAGGUCCUCAAGUCGAGGUAAAUUCUUAAAAAUAUGCCAGAUCAGCCUGAAAUGGACCGAGACAGCAGCUUACCAUGAUUAGACGAUGAACAGUCAGCUUUCUCGUGCGGCGCCGAAAUAUUUCCUUCCUUACUGACUUACGCGCAUGACUUAACUGGGAAAGAGGGAUUAUCCUUUGUCAAGUAGUUAGAGCGCUUUUCGAUUGAGUGUCGUAAAACCAGUCUUAAAGUUAUCGUAAUGGUCAAUCAGAAGAAGGGAAAUACUUCAAAGAGCCACUACCGAUAACUCAAAGUGAAAAACAACAAAACUGCCAAAAGCGCGGGAAGCCGCGGGAAAGCGCGGGAAAGCGCGGGCGACCAAGUCGUGAUUAGUUUUCAGGUUUUGCAUCUGAUAGGUUGAGAAAGUGGCGAGAGUGUUCUGGACCAAUCAUAGAGGAGGUAAAACUUGGAUUAGUUUCAACAUUGAGUUGAAAAUUUAUCUUUUUGAUACUGGCAAAAUACUCUGCAGGUUUGGGUUCGAUAACCGUUUCAUGUGCCAUUAUAGAAGGGUAAGCCGUCUAACAUCCUUAUACAGUUUCUUUGUCCCGCAAUCAACAUCAGACAUAAUGAUUUGGUAUGGAUUUGCAAAAAAUCGUUACGAACUUAUUGCUUUUUUUUUUUGUUUCAUUUGUCCAGUCGAUAAUCCCAGAUAUGGAUCCACAACACUGAGUUUUUUUCAACAGCAAUAACGAAAGCGACGCGCUGAUAUAGGUCAUCAAAGGCAAUUUUAUUUUGUCAAUAAUCUCGGACUGUUGUUAGCAAAAACUAGCAAAAUACCUGAGGGGCUGGAAAAAGAAGAUGAUUCCGAGUGGAUCGCAGCUGAAGAGUCUUGCAUUGAUGAGAGGCAGUGCAUGGUUUGUUGACCAAUCUUAGACCGAAACUCGGUUGAUAAUCACUCUCGUACUAAAAAACUAAUUUAGGUCGUAAUUCGGUAUCAUCCCGGAAAUCCGCCUCAAGCGUGGCUCAUAUGUCGCUUUGUACGUAUAGGUAAUAACAUGAUUUCGAGUGCAAUUUGCACGAGAAAAUUUUUCAAGACAACAAAAUUGCAUAAGCCUGUGCGGCGAGUGCAGUUUAUAGUCUUUACAGGACUAAUCACAUGAUUUUCUCGUGCAAUUUGGAAGAAAUAAGCACUUGUUAAUUUUUUCAAAGACCACAAAUUUCACUCACCCUACGGGCUCGUGCAAUUUCUUUGGAAAAAUUUACUCGUGCUUAUUUAUUCCAAAUUGCACUCGAAAUCAUGUGAUUACCUAUACCAACGAAAUUUUGACAGUGCGCACAUGCUAUUUGUAAUUUGCACUCGUUUUGCAUGCACUCGUGUUACAUGAAAAUUGCACUCAGUUUCAGCCAAUCAGACGCGGGUAAUGUUUUAUGCACAUUAUUAUCUGUGUAAUAAGCUUCUCUUGUCUUUGAACCCAUAGGCAUCUGCAGCCAAAGGAGACUUCACUAUCCUCAUACUGGGAGAGACUGGUGUGGGCAAGUCCACGUGGAUUAAUGGUAUUGCCAACUAUGCAAAGCAUGAGUCUCUCGAAGACGCCAUGAACGACCCUGAUUUCACUGUACUGAUUCCAUCUAGGUAAAAAUAUUUGAACGAGAUUCAAUGCUCAAUUUUGUGUGGCGAUCCUCUCUACAUGACGAGGCCCGAAAAGCAAAAUUUCCGCGUGAAGGUUUAGAACCAUGACAAAGAUAUAUGUAUUAAAUUUUCAACUCCGAAUGUUGCACUUCUAGCGUUCUGAUUUGUUCAUUCAACACAGGUGAUCAGCUCGUAUUCCGAGUCAACUUAUGCGGAAAUGCAUUGCACCGACUGUUACAGGGCUGAAAAAAGGCUCCAAACAUCCAAAUGUUCAGGAUUUAGUGAAAUUUAAUAAAACAAUUAUUCUCUUCGUGCUUGUUGGAUACGAGAUUGGUUAUGGCCAACUCGCCACUGUUGGCAAUUUACCACCUCAUAUCCAACGCGCGCUCAUGAAUUAUUGUCAAAUAUUUCAUUAUUAUGCUAGGUUUACUUUCACGAAUGAAAAUGGAGAAGGGAUGGACAUCGCCUUUGGGUCUGCUGAUGAUAAUGAAGUUCUCUCUAGUGGUCAAUCUGCCACCCAAUUCCCUCAGGAGUACCGACUGGAGACCAACACCUCAAUCUUCCAUCUUAUUGACACACCGGGCAUCGGGGACUGCAGAGGCAUUGAGAAGGACAAGGAAAACUUCGAUAAUAUCUUGGCCUUUCUUACUUGCUAUGACAAGAUCAACGCCGUGGUUGUGCUUCUCAAGCCUAACAACGCAAGGCUGACAGUGGCUUUCAAGUUUUGCGUCUUGGAAUUGUUGACCCACCUCCACAAGUCCUUAGUUUCCAACAUCAUGUUUGCCUUCACCAACUCCAGAGGAACAUUCUACAGACCAGGAGAUAGCCUUCCAGUGCUAAAAAAACUCCUCGAUGAGAAUAGUAUCGGAAUAGAUGUCUCUCCUUCGAAUUAUUUUUGUUUUGACAACGAAGCUUUCAGGUAAUUUAUGUUUACUUAAAGUAAAGGAACGCAUUCUCGAGAUAUUUCGAGUCAUUCUUUGCGCCGUGUAAAAUUACCCUCAAUUUACUAAAAAAUAUUACUUCAGUAAACAGAAAAUCAUAGCAGUGUGGAGAAGAUUAAAGCGAACUGCAGAUAACGAACUUGAAAAUAGGCUGAAUAAUUGAAGAUAGACCGUUAGGUUGACUUCAUUUUCUAGUGAUUUACGAGAUUUUGCAGGUUCCUCUUAAGCUUAACACGAAUCACCCGGAAUUGAAUUUAGUUCGUAUAGUAGAUUCGUGCUAGAUUAUUCUUUUUUUUUUUUUUUUUUUUUUUUAUUCCUUCAUCAGGCUUCUGGCCUGCCACAAGAGUGGAAUUAAGUUCACAGCUGAGGACGUAGAUCUCUACGCAAAAAGCUGGGUGAAGUCGUGUGAUACCACCUGCAGACUUUUCGAACGCGUGAAGAAUAUGACGCCCCAUGAUACUAAGAAGACCCUAAGCCUUAAUGAGGCGAGGGAUUGCAUCAUCGCCCUGAGCAAGCCAAUGGGUCAGGUUGUGGAGCUUAUUGAGAUGAAUCUGACGAAGAUAAAAGAUGUGAAAGACCAGUGCCAGGCAUUUGAAAAAGACAUCAAGGACUUCCAGAAGGAACUCAAAUUUAAAGGCUUUGACCUGGAGAUAGAACCCCUCAACUAUCCCAUGACAGUCUGUGCCGCCUCUGCUUGUAAGAGGUAUGUACCCAUCGGUAAAUCAGGCCAGCAAAACACCGUUUACGAGCAAGUUUGCCAUGAUUACUGUAAUCUCUCGGGAGUGCCAAUCGAGACAACCAAUAAUGACCAGCUUCAUGGCUGUUGGGCUAUGACUGGUGGAGUGUGCAGACUCUGUGGACACAGCUACAGAGAACACAUGCAUAUCCGCUACACAGCCAAAGUCGUUGAGAAGGAAUUCCUGUCUGAGGACGCUCAGUCGAAAAUCAAGCAGAAGGCCGACUUGAAGUCCCAAAAGCAAUUGUUCAUCAAAGAGUUAGAGACAAAAAUCCAGGAACUUGAAAAGGAAAAGCAGUGCAUCUAUCAAUGUGCCAGCUACUUUGGUGUCUUCCUCAAGCAGAAUGCCAUGAUUGCCUACAACGACUCCUUUAGCGAGUACCUGGACAUGCUGAUCAGAGAAGAGGAGAUGAAAGAAAAGGAGAUUAGAGACGAAGCGAAGAUUGACCAAAUGAAGAGGGACAAGAAGACGUAUGAGGAAAAGAAGAAUGUCAUCACUGAAAAUAUCAAGAAAGUCCCAACGGAAUGCCACAAGGAAGGGGUCAUGCCCAUAGACAGGAUCUAUGAAAUGAGAGAACAACUUUGUUCCUUGAAACACAAUGGAAAGACUUUACGAGAAGCUUUAGGUAUGUUGCUUACAUUCUUCCUUUUCUGCUUCAUAGCAUUCGUGGCAUGGAAGCACCGUGUGGGAGAAAGGUUACCCAUUACACCUUGCGUACCCUUCCCACUUGUGUACUAUGAGGACGACUGGGUAUGAGUCAGGCAUGAGGGAUGCUCUAGUGUAAUGCCUGACUUUUUUUCUAGUCUUUUUCAAGGCACUCGUAGCAUGGAAACACAGUGGGUGAUAAAAGAGCUACCCAUUCCACCUUAGGCACCCUUCCACCUACGUGCAAUGAGGACGACUGGGUAUGAGUCAGGUAUGGUGAAGUUAGGAAGUGUGCUGUGGCUGAGCCUCCCACUUCUGUCUAUGCAAUGCGCCGCCAUAUUUUCCUUCAUUUAUCAAAAAAAAAAACCUUUUUUUUUUGUAGAAAGACUAAGAAGAAUACUCACUGCUCAUUAUGUCCGCUGGCAUGUAGGGAAGCAACGAAGACUCAUCACCGCUGACUAUCUUGACUGACUUUUUAAUAGCGUUUCAAUGUAUUGUGGCUGAGCCUCCCACUUCAGUCUGUGCAGCGCACCACCAUGUUUUCCUUGAUUUAUCACGCAUUAAUGCAUUAAUGUUUCCUUUAUUUUUGUAGAUGGCAUCAUUUCAGCCAGACAGAAGAAUCACAAAACCAAAGCAGCAAGGUAAGAGCUGUGCAUUUAUCCCUUUUUUGCUGGAUAUAAAAGAUUUCAUAACAGAGUUAAUUACUAAAAUUCGUCAAACUUAUUCCAAUUUAGCAAGAGCUGCGUGUAUGCCAAAACCAACAAUUCCUGGCUUCCUGAAAUCUUCAAUAAGAUAA